AUGGCGACAACCCCCAGGGCCUGGCUGGCUGAGGUGUUGCUGGACCUUCUCCUGGCAGCUGCCUAUGUUUCAGAUGCCCAGUACAGCAGAAAUGUUCCAUUUGAAACAUCGCCGCAGGCCAUCAGACUUUACUAUUUUUAUAACCACUGGCUGAUGCGAGGAGCCACAUACUUCUUUAUUUGUGUAGACCUUUCUCUGGCCCUGUUCGAGGAACCUGCAGUGUUUCCUCUACCUUUCUUGGCUACCUCGAUCAUAGAAGUACUCUGCCUGACUGUGUUCUUUGGGAGACUGAUACAUUUUGCCAAAGUCACUCCUCAAAUGGUUUUCUGGAAGGAUACAAAAAACAUCUGCAUCAUGGUAACCAUAGCGCUGACCUUGAUCGAUCUGAUUAUCUAUGGGUCCCUGGAAGCUGUUAGCAUCCACAGCGUGAGAUGGUCGAGGGCCUUAAGGCCAGUCUUCCUAAUUAACGUCCCAGAAAGUCGUCAGAUCCGAAGGGCUUUCCGAAGUAUCCGGAACACUCUGCCCGAUAUCCUGUACGUCUUCCUCUUGUUUAUGUUCAGUGUGCUGAUAUUCUCCCUGAUGGCCUUGAAGCUUUUUGGGGACAGGGGUCUGAAAACAGUGGAAGGAUCUUCCUACUUCACGGACAUCCUGGAGAUAGCCUUUGAGCUCUACGUGCUGGUCACUACAGCAAACAGCCCCGAUGUCAUGUUGCCUGCCUAUGACUUCAACUGGUGGUAUUCUUUGUACUUCGUAACCUUCAUCAUCAUCAAUACCUACAUCUUCAUGUCCGUCUUUCUGGCCGUGGUCUACAACAAUUACAGGAAGCACCUAAAGAAUGAGAUUCGCAAAUUAGUAUACCUGAAACGUCACAAAAUGAUAGAGGCGUUCAACAUUCUGAAGGUCAAGGUGGGCACCGAGUUUGUGGUUAAGGAGACCGAGUGGAGGCAGCUGACAAAGGUGGUGGCUCCAGACAUCAGCACUUCCCACCUGGAGCUCCUUUUGAGGAUCUCCGACGAGGGACAGAAGGGGCACGUGGACAAAAUGAACUUUCUACGCUUGGCCGACCUCCUCAAUAUCCAGGUAGUCACCAUCAACGUCAGGAGACAUCCGUUGGAAGCCUGGGUGCCACGGGUGUACCAGUCACCUGCGAGCCUCUGGGUCCGGAAGAUGGUUCAGCACAGGAUUUUUGUCUGGGUUUUUGAUGUCAUCAUUCUAAUAAAUGCCAUAUUUAUUGCUCUGGAUGAGAAAAACCCCUUCAUUUCCUACGCAGAAUGGCUUUUCCUUUCUCUUUACGUUAUUGAGAUUCUUCUGAAACUGUACACGUACGAGCCCAGAGCCUAUUUCGGAAGGAAGCAGUUCUGGAACUGGUUUGACACGCUGAUCAUUAUCACAGCCCUGGUGGCCACCGUGGCCAAUGCCACCAUUCAGUCAGCAAGAAAAUACAACAGUCAGCAGAUUCUGGAUAUUGUCUUGAUAUUGAGAAUACUCCGGCUCUUAAGGGUCAUCAUCAGCAUUCAGAGAUUCCGGGUUAUAGUGACCACUUUAAUUAACAUUGGCCCCACAAUGCUGAUGUUUGGCGGACUCGUCCUUGUGGUCUACUACGCAUUUGCUAUCAUUGGAAUGGAAGUGUUCCAAGGCAAAGUCCGGUUCUUUGAGCCUAAUUCCACUGCCCCUGAUUCCCUGGUGUGCGGGAACCCAGCCUUAAAGGGCUCCACGUUUGCGCGAGACAGGUACUGCAAGAACAACUUCAAUGACCUCGCCUCUUCCUUCAUCGUGCUGAUGGAGCUCACCGUGGUCAACCAGUGGCACAUCCUUGCAGGUGGCUUUGCCCUCGUGACUCACCAGGCGGCGAAGCUGUACUUCAUCUUGUUCCACAUCGUGGUCGUCAUCCUCAUUGUUAAUAUUUUCAUCGCAUUCAUCUUGGAAGCAUUCUUUGUGGCCUAUUCAUUGGAAAAAAGCGAAGUAGAAACUGCUAUUGAGAAGAAGAUUCAAGAGCUCGGAGUGGGAAUCCAAGAGGAAGACAUGCAAGAUGGGAAGCUCACUGAUAACAUAGAUGCCAAGGACAGUGGCUUUAUGGGGGACAAUGGAGACAACAAAAGGAAGGCCUCGAAAGGACUGUACUUCAGAAUUGCAUCAAAAAAGUACAGGACUGUGGACGCCUUACUGCAGCGGAUGUUUGAGUGUGAAAUUGCUCCAGAGGAUGAAGGCCCUUCCUUAGAUGAGAUUCUGAACUUCUCACCCAGUGACAUAUAUCUCAAGAAUCCCAAUUUUGAAAACACUGCAUGA